AAUAAUUUAAUCAAAAUUGACUAAUAUUUAAGUGAUAACUAACAGUUAUAAACAGAAAAAAAUGAAUUCAAUGUUAGUUUUGGCUGCUCUGGUAUCUGCAACAGUAGCGGUGCCUACAUAUGAUAAUUCCCAAGUUGUCUAUGAAGAUGAUAACCAUUACGCCCGACAAGUGUCCGCCAAAUCAUACGCCGCUCCAGUUGUCUCAUACGGAGCUCAGAUAGUCAAACAUGAAGUGCCAAUUGAGAGACCGAUUUAUAGUAAAUCAUACGCCCAGCCAAUUGUCUCAUACGGACCUCAGAUAGUCAGACAUGAAGUACCAGUUGAGAGACAGAUUUAUGGUAAAUCAUACGCCCAGCCAAUUGUCUCAUACUCGGCUCCUGUAGCCAAACAAUACGAAGUGCCAAUUAUGCGACCUGUCUAUCGCGAGUCAUACGCUAAUCCGAGAGUCCAUUACCAAUCAUCGCCUGUGAUUCAAAAAAAUUAUGACGUGCCCGUAGCAGAGCCCGUCCACCGUCACCAACCUAUGUCAUACCAGUUUCAUAUAGUACAUGACGCGCCCACCCAUUACGGCAAGUCAUACGCCGCUCCUCAAUACGAUCACAGAGUAGUAGCCACACCAGUGUUGGCCAAAUCGUAUGCCACACCUGUGCUUCACAAGUCUUACGCCACACCGAUAGUCGCCAAAUCAUACGCCGCACCCAUUGCUGCUCCCUAUGUGUCAAAAUCUGUCGGUCAGUACGGUCUGGACAUUGCUGUCGGUCACUACCAGAAGGCAUAUUAACUCAAUUAUUGACUCAAUUAGAGGAACCGAUUGACUUAAUUAAUAAAUUGUAUGAUAAUAUAGUUGAAUAGUUUUUUGGUUCCCUUAAGUAUUAAAGUUUUUAUAUGAUUUUUCAGAUAAUAUUUACUAAAACUUAUAUUUUAUUAUUAUAAAUAUAAUCUAAAUAUAAGCUGAACCUUUGAUAUAAAUACUGUAUAUAUAAAUUUGAUAAAAAUGAUUUGUU